UAUAAUUAACGCCCUACAACGACAUCAUUCAAUUCAAUUCAUCCAUCCACCUCCAUGACUUCCCCCUCCCUCCCUCCCUCUUAUCCUCCUCUCCUCCACCCACCUCCUUCCUCCAACAAGAACCUCCUCCUCCUCGCCGCCGCCGCCCUCUUCCUCUGCCUCCUCGCCUCCCGAAAUUACUCCGCCGGAAACGCCAAUGGCUCCGGGCCGGAGAAGGCGCCCGCCAGCUGCCUCCCGCUUUCCCGCGGUCCGGCAGCCGGCGUCUCCGAGAAGUCCACCGCCGCGAGGCUCUUCUCCCAGCCGUCGUAUCCCUGGACCAGCAACAUGCUCCUCUGGCAGCGCACCUCCUUCCACUUCCAACCCCAGAAGAAUUGGAUGAAUGACCCCAACGGGCCUGUUUACUACAAGGGAUGGUACCAUCUGUUCUACCAGUACAACCCGGACUCCGCCGUGUGGGGGAACAUAACGUGGGGGCACGCCGUCUCCGAGGACCUGAUCCACUGGUUCUACUUGCCCAUCGCCUUGGUUCCCGACCACUGGUACGACGCCAACGGAGUCUGGAGUGGAUCCGCCACGCUCCUCCCGGACGGCCGCCUCGCCAUGCUCUACACCGGCUCCACCACCGACUCGGUCCAGGUCCAGAACCUCGCCUUUCCGGCCGACCCGACUGACCCGCUUUUGCGGUCCUGGGUCAAGCACGAGGCGAACCCGGUCCUCCUCCCCCCGCCCGGCGUCCACCCCAAGGACUUCCGCGACCCCACCACCGCGUGGCGCGUCGUCGACGACGACGGCGACGCUGCGUGGCUCGUCGCCAUCGGAUCCAAGAACGACUCGCGGCGGCGCCACGCCGGGAUCGCGCUGGUGUACAGGACGGUCGACUUCGUCCACUACGAGCUGCUCCCCGGCGUGCUGCACGAGGUGGAAGGCACGGGGAUGUGGGAGUGCGUCGACUUCUUCCCCGUCGCGACGACGCAAUCGACGGCGGGACUCGACUCGUCGACGCCGGCGGCCCCCGGCGUGAAGCACGUGCUCAAGGCCAGCCUCGACGACGACAAGCACGACUACUACGCUAUCGGGACGUACGACGCGACCCGAAACGCAUGGACGCCGGACGACCCAGAGUCCGACGUGGGCGUCGGUCAACGGUACGACUACGGCAAGUUCUACGCGUCGAAGACCUUCUUCGACCCGACGAAGAAGAGGCGAGUGCUUUGGGGUUGGAUCGGCGAGACCGACAGCGAACGGACGGACCUGGCCAAGGGUUGGGCCUCACUCCAGGGCAUUCCAAGAACGGUGGUGUUCGACCGGAAGACUGGCAGCAACCUCCUUCAGUGGCCGGUGGAGGAGGUGGAGAAGUUGAGGGUCGACGGAAAAGAGUUCGCCAACAUCACUGUCGCCGCCGGCGCCGUCGUGCCUUUAGACGUCGGAAAAGCCACACAGUUGGACAUCGUUGCGGAGUUCACAGUUAAUGAAUCAGCUUUGGCGAACACAAUCGAGGCCGACAUUGGAUACAAUUGCAGCACGAGCAAUGGAGCGGCCGGCCGAGGCGCGCUCGGUCCAUUUGGCUUGCUCGUGUUGGCGGAUCGGGAAAGAUCGGAGCAAACCGCGGUCUAUUUCUACGUCGGACGGAGACCGGACGGCAGCAUCGGCACCCAUUUCUGCCAGGAUGAGCUCAGGUCGUCGGCAGCGAGUGAUCUGGUGAAGAGAGUGUAUGGGAGCUUAGUCCCUGUGCUUGAUGGCGAAACCUUGUCACUAAGGAUAAUGGUGGAUCAUUCGAUCGUGGAGAGCUUUGCGCAAGGAGGAAGGAGGUGCAUAACAUCAAGGGUGUACCCGACAAGGGCCAUUUACGGGGCGGCACGGCUCUUCCUCUUCAACAAUGCCACCGCCGGCGACAUCACGUGCAAGUCACUCAAGGUCUGGACGAUGGACUCGGCCUCCAUCAGGCCGUUCGACGAGCAAGAUCGCUCAUCAGCCACUAAACUCGGUCCAACUCAAAGGGGAUAUCAACGGAAGUUUUUUAUUUAAUUUUUUGUUUUUAAAUUUCCAUUUGCUUGUGUGAGAGGAAUGUAAUUAAUGUUAUUGUGGGAGGAUAUAUAGAUUCUUAUAGUAUAUUUUUUUUAUUUUUUUAUUUAAAUAAUCUUGGAGAUGAUUAAGCAUUUAUGUAUGCACAUAUAUUGAUGUAAAAUGUUCAAUUCGUGUAUAGUUCUUUGAA